CACACACACCCUCCCAUCACCAUCUCCACCACCCUCACCCUCCUCACACACAAAAGCAGUGCAAUUAGCUGCCUUAGGGCAGCUGAGGCUUAGCCAGCUGCAAGCAGCAAAUAAUAAUAUUAAUAGUAAUAAUAAUAAUAAAGUACCUUGGGAGGGGGAGGAGGAAGCAGCAGCCAUGGAAUACAAAUAACUGCCCUCGAUUCCCACCCCCCCAUCCCGCCCCAAAAUCCAGCUGCCACAGCAAGGAAUGCUUUGAGGAAUGCCGAGCUAGAUGCAUCCCCGCAGCCCUCUGCUGAGGCAGCCGCAGACGUCUGCCCCUGCGUCCCGGCGCUGGAGCUCCUGAGCAGCCCUUCUCCAGCCGGAGGGAUGCUGGGCUGGGAUCCAGGCAGCAUCUGCUUUGUUCCUCGCUAGCCGGCAGCCUCGCCUCAGCCCUUCCUUGAGGGAACCACCGUGCAGCCAACCCUUCUCCCAGCACCAUGGGGACCACAGAAGCCACUUUGAGGAUGGAGAACGUGGAUGUGAAGGAAGAGUGGCAAGAUGAGGACUUCCCCAGACCUCUCCCAGAAGAGACAGGGAUGGAGUCCCUGGGCAGCCCUACAGAAGAUGAAAACACAUCCUCUCCCCCAAACACAUUAAACUUUAAUGGGGCUCACCGCAAGAGGAAGACCCUUGUGGCACCUGAAAUCAACAUCUCCCUGGACCAGAGUGAAGGCUCCAUCCUCUCUGAUGACUUCUUGGACACCCCAGAUGACCUGGACAUCAAUGUGGAUGACAUUGAAACUCCUGAUGAGACAGAUUCCCUGGAAUUUCUGGGGAAUGGGAACGAACUGGAAUGGGAAGAUGACACUCCUGUAGCCACAGCCAAGAACAUGCCUGGGGACAGUGCAGACCUGUUUGGGGACGGUGGGGCCGAGGAUGGGAGCGCUGCCAACGGGAGGCUCUGGAGGACUGUGAUCAUCGGCGAGCAGGAGCACCGCAUCGACCUGCAGAUGAUCAAACCCUACAUGAGAGUGGUGACACACGGAGGGUACUAUGGAGAAGGGCUCAAUGCCAUCAUUGUCUUUGCUGCCUGCUAUCUCCCGGACAGCAACCUGGCUGAUUACCACUACAUCAUGGAGAACCUCUUCCUAUAUGUGAUCAGCAGCCUGGAGCUGCUGGUGGCUGAGGACUACAUGAUCGUGUACCUGAACGGAGCGACGCCCCGCAGGAGGAUGCCAGGCCUGGGCUGGCUCAAGAAGUGCUACCAGAUGAUAGACAGGAGGCUGAGGAAGAACCUGAAAGCCUUGAUCAUUGUGCACCCAUCCUGGUUCAUCCGGACCGUGCUGGCCAUCUCCAGACCCUUCAUCAGUGUGAAGUUUAUCAACAAGAUCCAAUACGUUCACAGCCUGGAGGAACUGGAGCAGCUCAUCCCCAUGGAGCAUGUACAGAUCCCAGACUGUGUCCUACAAUAUGAAGAAGAGAGGAUCAAGGCCAGGAAAGAAAGGGCAGAAGAGAAACAAGACAUGGCUGAGAAGGAAAGGUAACCACUGCUCUCUACUGAUCCUUUGGUUCCUUAAACAAUCCUUGGGAAGGAGAACAACCUACCUGGAGUCAUGGCCUCUUGCUGCUCUGUCUGGAGCUGAGCACAUUCAGCUUUGACAGGACAAGAGGAAAUGGCUUCAAGUUGCCCCAGGGGAGG